AUGGGAAAUAAUUUUUGCUAUUCUAAAAGUGGGAUGCAAUCUACAAUGUCUCAAUUAUUAUGUUAAUAGAGACUUAAUGGAUGUGAUGUCAUUUUAACCGCAGGAAAUAUAGAGAAGGAGUAAGUAGAUUGUAUAGUUUAACCAACUGAUGAAUAAUUUUCAAAUGUUCCCUAAACUGAUAAACCCACCUUUAUACCAACGAAUGGGAACUGCAUUUUUGUGGGAUCGACCAAAAAGAACAAAAAAAAUUAUAUUUUGGCUGUUGUUCAAGAAACUAAUGAAAUAAGUAUCUAAGAUUAACAAGAUGAAGAGAGACAAUUAAUUUAUGAAACCAUUCAAAAUUGUUUGAAAAUGGUAUCCAUUCAUCUAAAUUAGGCAAAUGCCAGACAAAUGAGAUCUGUAGCAUUUCCUGUAUUCUAAUAAAAGGAUCACACAACAUCAGCAACAAUAAUGAUUAUGGCUAUCAAAUUAUUUAUCAAUGAACAGAAAUCAGAUUCAGUCAACAAAAUUUUUAUUACAUUAAAUCAAAUAGAAUAGGUGAGCACUUUUAAAUGGGUAUUUUAGUAAGUGUUCGAACAGCUAGAUUAAAUAAAAUCUAAAUCAUACUCCAGUUCAAUCAAUACUACGUUUAUGGACGAAUAUAAGUCGAUUAGGCAGAUCCAAUAAUAAACAGUCAAAGAAGGUACUCCUUGA